AUGUGCAGGUUGUUUUUGGCAGGAAUGCACUUCAAUGAAAACGUGAAGCGUGAGCAAGCAUCUUCAAAAGGGCAGCCUUUAUUCAAAGUUUCCUACCCUAAAUACAAAAAAGGAAAGCCUACAGCAAAGCCCGUCAAAACAAAGCCGACAUUUGGAUAUGUCUCUGAGCUGAUGCACCUCGUCUUCACUGAGGUCUUCUCCGAGCCAGCUCCUUUUAUUGAACAGUUGAAGACUGUCCCUGUGCCUGCAGACCUCAGCUCUCAGUUUGAGAGAGUUCCCAAGGGAGAUGUGGUUGCUGCACAUGUUGCCAGGAUCUGGGAACUCCUGGCGUAUCCUGAGCACUGCACAUGCAGGGAUGACCACCCUGAUUCUGGCUCCCAGCAGUCCCCAGCACCAGCUCACGAUGCUUCUCCGGACUCGUGA